CCUAAUAGAAGAGCGGAACCUUUUGCUUAGAACGGACAAGAUGUUUCAAAUUCCCAACAUUGUCCCAAACAUCAUUGACAACCUCAAGAAUGGUUCCCACAAGAAGAUCAAAGGAACCGUGGUGCUGAUGAAGAAUAAUGUGCUGGACUUCAAUGAUUUCCAUGCUUCUGUUCUCGACCGUGUGCAUGAGCUUUUGGGGCAAGGCGUUACUCUGCAGCUCAUCAACUGUGAUUCUUCUACUGGGUCGGCAGGGAAACUCGGAAAAGUUGCAUAUUUGGAGAACUGGAUUGGCACACUCGGUCCACUAACAGCCGGAGAAACUAAAUUCCGGGUUACCUUUGAUGUGGAAGGCGAGAUAGGCGUUCCAGGAGCAUUCAUAAUAAGAAACAAUCAUCACAGUCAGUUCUUCCUAAAGACUGUCACACUCGAUGAUGUUCCCGGUGCCGGUCAGAUCCUCUUUGUUUGCAACUCAUGGGUCUAUCCUGCAUCCAAAUACAAGAAGGACCGCAUAUUCUUUGCUAACAAGACGUAUCUUCCGAGUGAUACUCCAUUGGCACUACGCAAAUAUAGACAGCAGGAACUCGAGCAGUUAAGAGGAAAUGGAACUGGACAGCUAAAAGAAUGGGACAGGGUGUAUGACUAUGCUUUGUACAAUGAUCUCGGUGACCCGGACAAGGGUCCAGAAUAUGUCCGUCAAACUCUUGGAGGGUCAAGCAAUUACCCUUACCCUCGUAGAGGAAGAACUAGCCGACCACCAACAAGGACAGAUCCCAACUGCGAGAGUAAGAUCCCUCUAAUUGAUCUGCUGCGGUUAGACAUAUAUGUUCCGAGAGAUGAACGAUUCGGACACUUGAAGAUGUCCGACUUUAUUGCUUAUGGCCUGAAAUCUCUGGUUCAGUUUGUUAAACCAGAGCUACAGCGUACUUUUGAUAAAACUCCCAACGAGUUUGACAGCUUUCAGGAUGUUCUCAACCUCUAUGAAGGAGGGUUUCCGAUGCCUGAAGGUUUAAUGAAGGAUAUUGGCGAUAACGUUCCUUUGACAAUGAUCAAGGAAAUGUUCCGAACUGAUGGUGAACGAGUCCUUAGAUUCCCAGUGCCUCAAGUGAUCAAAGAGGAUAAGACUGCUUGGAGAACUGAUGAAGAAUUUGCAAGAGAAAUGCUAGCCGGAGUCAACCCUGUGACUAUUCGUCGCCUUCAAGAGUUUCCACCAGCAAGCAAACUUGAUCCAAGAGUCUAUGGCGAUCACAGAAGUACCAUAAGAGAAGAACACAUUCAGCAUAACUUGGAUGGGCUAACGGUGCAUCAGGCAUUGAGGGACAACAGACUAUUCAUAUUAGACCAUCAUGAUUCCUUCAUGCCAUACCUGAGACGGAUCAACGCAACUGAAAACAAGAUCUAUGCCAGCAGGACACUUCUUUUCUUAAAAUCUGAUGGGACUUUGAAGCCACUAGUGAUUGAACUGAGCUUGCCUCACCCAGAAGGAGAUCAUUUGGGUUGCACUAGCAAAGUAUACUUACCAGCUGAAAAUGGUGUUGAGAGCUCCAUAUGGCAACUGGCCAAGGCUUAUGUGGCUGUAAAUGACUCUGGAUUUCAUCAACUGAUCAGUCACUGGUUGAAGACCCAUGCGGUCAUUGAGCCUUUUGUCAUCGCCACCAAUAGGCAGCUUAGCGUGCUUCAUCCAAUUCACAAGCUUCUGCAUCCUCACUUCCGUGACACGAUGAAUAUAAAUGCACAGGCUAGGCAAAUUCUCAUUAGUGCUGGUGGCAUCCUGGAGAUGACUGUUUUCCCGGCCAAGUAUGCCAUGGAAUUGUCAGCUGUGGUUUAUAAGGAUUGGGUUUUCCCAGACCAAGCUCUCCCUACAGAUCUCAUCAAGAGAGGAAUGGCUCUCAAGGAUCCUAAUGCUCCACACGGUGUUCGCCUACUGAUAGAGGACUACCCAUUUGCUGUUGAUGGACUUAAUAUCUGGUCUGCAAUAAAAACUUGGGUUUCAGACUAUUGCUCCUACUACUACAAGACUGAUCACAUGAUUCAACAAGACACUGAACUCCAGUCCUGGUGGAAGGAACUUGUGGAGCAGGGUCAUGGUGACAAAAAGCAUGAACCUUGGUGGCCUAAGAUGCAGACUCGCGAUGAGCUUAUUGAGUCAUGCACUACCAUCAUCUGGAUUUCCUCUGCUCUCCAUGCAGCCGUUAACUUUGGACAAUAUCCCUUUGCCGGGUACCUUCCAAACCGGCCAACUGUAAGCAGGAGAUUCAUGCCUGAGAUCGGAACUCCGGAAUAUGAAGAGCUCAAGAGCAACCCUGAUUUAGCUUUCUUGAAAACUAUUACUGCUCAGUUACAGACUAUGAUCGGGGUUUCACUGAUAGAGAUUUUGUCUAGGCAUGCUAGUGACGAAGUCUAUCUAGGGCAGAGAGACACACCUGGGUGGACAUCGGACACAGAAGUGUUGGAAGCCUUCGAUAGGUUUGGAAGGAAACUGGCUGAAAUUGAGGAUAGUAUUAUACGUAUGAACAAUGACGGUAAGUUGAAGAACCGAGUCGGACCGGUUAAGAUGCCUUAUACUCUGCUCUAUCCUACCGGUGAAGCUGGACUUUCUGGCAAAGGAAUCCCUAAUAGUAUUUCGAUCUAAACCAACUAUGUAAUUUAUUUCUCUAAAGUUGAAAAUGUUGUUGUUUGUACGUUGUUCUUCUUCUUGUUGUUGUUGUUUUAUGUUGCGUUCUUGUAAAAUUGACGUAUAUGUCGCCCAUAAAACCCCAUGCAAGUAUACUUAAUAGUGGGAAUAAUGCCUCUGAAAUAAAAUUACUGCAUUAAGGUUUUAUAUCGCAAGUCUUUGUGCUAUAACUCCUAUAAGUGCCAGAC